UUUGGAUUUUAAACCGUUUCCCAUCAUAAAUCGGAUUCCCCCCAUCAACAUCUCUUUUGUUGACACACGAAUCACUUUAGUCAAUUCCCGCAACAAAUCCAUGACACUCGGAUCCGCCGCCAUUCGCCAGCCAGCGUUUACCUUCCUCAUCGGGGUCACGCUUGCCUUUACCGCUUACGGUACGGUGGUCUGGUUACGUGGUGGGAAGGCACCCCCCGUCACGGAAUUGGGGAAGUUGGAGCAGCAAGGCGAAGUUGGGUUGGCAGGGCCACCCAGGGUGAAUUUAGGUCCACCUCUGCCAAGGCGAAGUGCUGCCGCUGAGGGACCCCCGGACAAGGCUCGUAAUCCCAAUGCCUGAGAGCUCUUUCGAUUCAGAGGCGGAUGCAUUUGGAAUGAGAGGUUGAGAUAUAUGAUUACUAUCUUGUUGCAUUUUGAAAUAUCGAAUGGCGGUAUACCGAC